AUGGCGCGACUGCCACCACACAAGCAGGGGGGCGGCAGGCGGGAAGCGGUGGCGCGUGGCCGCAAUGCAUUGGCGCCGUUGCAAUCCUCCCCGAGUGCGGCGAGACAAGCAGCGGCUUCAGCGUCUCCGAAGGCGCCGGUCAUCUACUGGCAGUUGCAUGGGGCUUCUGCUUCACUCUACCACGGGCCGCUCGGUGACGUGGUAGGUGAAGUGCCCUCUGGCACGGUUGUCCGCGAGCUCCGACGCUACAUGGAUCCCUUCGGCAGCUGGUGGAUUGCGUUGAAAUCGUCUGAGGAGGAAAUUGUCUGGGCACUUUUGUCGGCCACGCGGGAAACAGAAACUAACGACGACUGUGCGCGAUGGCAGAGAGUGUAUGAUGAGCGUGCGGUUGCCCAGGGCUCUUCGGAGACCGACUGGCAGGACGGGGCGUCUGUGCCGUGCCGUGUCGUGGCGCCGGUGGAGGCGGGUUUGAGGGUCGUACCGUCAAGUGACGCCGUUUUGCGUGAGCUGCGGCUCUUGGAGGAGGGUUGGCGCAUUUGCUCUACCGCGCCCAACAAAGGACCGGAUUGGAAUGCAAAGUAUCAACAGCUCGUGGAGCUGGUCUUGUUUGGGAGGUGGGAAGAGAGCGCUUCUGCUAGUGAAAAGUUGCACACAUUUAUGAGUGAGUUUUCAAAGGCCGCCGAAGAGGCGGCGCUCAGCGUCCUUACAGACAUGCACCGUCCCUCCUCAGAUCGUGUGGCUAAGGGACCGAUAGAUGGCGCCCUUGGCUUCUUUAUUUACAAUAAUCUCCUUGUCAGGCUUGUCCUUGAUGAUGGAAGUGGGAACUGUAAAGGGGACGCAGAUGCAUGGCGACAGGCGUCACAGGCCAUGCAGGCUAUGCGGCUUAUUGCGCUGGAGGGUUCAAAGCGGCUACUGUAUUCCCCGCCAAGUGCCCUGAUCACCUUCGCCGGGUUCCGUUGCCUUGUGAUGGCCAUUCCACCCCUUGAGGUUAAAAAUAUCGUGCACGUUUUCUCUCUGCAGGAGCGGGAGUGCCCGCUGGACGCACCGCAGCUCGUGAAAUUCCAGCUGCAGGAUCUGGGGCGGGCGCUUGGUUUGAAGCAACCGCAUGUAAAUCUGGCCACGGGGGAUGUGGUGCCGGUUACAAUGCCCCUAGGUAUGGCUGUUGUGGCGGGCCACGACAAGCGACUGUACGCCAUGAACACCUCGCGUCUCCUUCCGGCUUGUGAAUUGCUUACCAGUGUUAGCGGCGAAGCCGAUGCCGCGGCAGCUUUGCGGUUUAGGCCCGAAUUUCUUCUUUCCUACGGUAAGCCUUUGAGUCCACACGCCUUUGUGCAGGACGUUGCAAGCGCGGAGGACAACGCAGAUGCGGUGGAAGCAGCGGAGUGGGUGCGGGACGCGUUGAUCCCUGCGGUGGCGGCGAUGAUUGGCCUUCACCGGGCGGUUGACAUCCCUCGGCAAGACCCAGCGCCGUGUAGUCUCUGCUCCAGCACGAUGGAGAAUGAGUUGCGAUUUGUGGUGUGCCGCAGUCGAGAGAAGUGCUGCUGCAUUUGCUCCCACUGCUACACACGGCGGCUGUCUGAAGCGAAGGAGGACGCGCGUCGUCUCUUCUGCGAUGCCGUGAAGUGUGACACCGCGGCUCGGGGGCCAAAGGGUCUUUUACUCGAGCCUUCCAUUACCAGAAUUUUCCAUGCAAAUGGGCUCAACAUGCGUUUUCUUCCGUUUGUAUAUUAUCGCCUUCCGCAGGCUGCUCGAUUCGCCGUGGCACACUACUGUGAGGUUGAGAUGAUCGCACGAACCGCAGUGCGUCUGCUUCGCGAGAGGCUCCGCCGCACUGCGCAGGGGGAGGACGAGGUAAAGUCGGUCUGCCAGGAAUUUCUCCUGGGUCUGCUGCAGUCUUCAGGCGCCAAGGCAAAACAAUUCUGGGCACGGGAGUUGGGCCCCGCGUUGGAGAGCUUCUAUGGUGUGCAGGUGCCGUUUGACACCUCGGAGUUGGACCCCGAGCUGCUCUACCUCCGCGUGGAGCAGCUCUCCGGCGUGCGUCUGCACACAGCGAGCGUUGCCUCGUUUCACACAGAGAAGCCGUUCCUGCAGCUUGCGGAGGUGACGCCGGUGGUCAAGACAAUCAAACCCCCGCUCUUGGGGGAUGCGGCUUCGCAUGCGAAGGCACGGGCUACUUUGGUGCAGCGCCUUGAAGAUGUUCUCCUUUUUUGGAUCGGUUUCGCGGCGGGAGGCGAAGACGGUGGUGGGGGCGACUCUGCACAGCCGUUUUAUCUCUCAGAGCGCGAAGGUUGGAUGUAG